CUGAAUAAAAAUAUCCACACAUCCGGAGCACCGGGCUAUGAAAAACUAAUCCGACCACUUCUUCGCUGUCUAAAAAGUGUACAGUUUGGUAAUGUAACGUUAUCGAGUUAAAUUCAUAUGUGCUUUCGGUUUAUAACUUUUCUUUAAACUAGAAGCCCUGCGACACGGAGACAAACUAACGCAACAUGCAUGAAGAUUGAAACAGACUUGCAUCGUAGUUGCAGGACAAGCCGCAGCUUCUGAGCGGGGUAGAUGCAGGGAGGGAGGGAGUAAAAAAGUCUUUGUGCUUCCCCUCCCCCUCAUCAAAGCAAAGGGGGAAAUGUCUCUUUCGAAAGGAGGAAAGAAGAAGAACCCAGGCCUCAAGCUCUCCAAAGAGGUCUUUGAUCAGCCCCCACCUGCAGCCGCAGCCCCCCCUCGAGAUCUGGAUUCCAAAGCCUGUGUUACCAUUGGAGAAAAGAACUUUGUUAUGAAGGCAGAUGACUUGGAGCAGAUUGGGGAGCUGGGUAGAGGAGCGUACGGCGUGGUGGACAAGAUGAGACAUGUGCCCAGUGGGCUUAUCAUGGCCGUCAAGAGGAUCCGGGCCACAGUGAACACCCUGGAGCAGAAGAGACUGCUGAUGGACCUGGACAUCUCCAUGAGGACCGUGGACUGCUUCUUCACGGUCACCUUCUACGGCGCUCUCUUCAGAGAGGGAGACGUGUGGAUCUGCAUGGAGCUGAUGGACACGUCUCUGGAUAAGUUCUACAAGCAGGUGAUCGAUAAAGGCAUGACCAUCCCUGAAGACAUCCUGGGGAAGAUCACUGUAGCGAUCGUCAAGGCUUUGGAGCACCUGCAUAACAAACUGUCAGUGAUACACCGAGAUGUGAAGCCGUCCAACGUGCUGAUCAACACACAGGGCCAGGUGAAGAUGUGUGACUUCGGCAUCAGCGGCCACCUGGUGGACUCUGUGGCCAAGACCAUGGACGCCGGCUGCAAGCCCUACAUGGCGCCGGAACGGAUAAACCCCGACCUCAACCAGAAAGGCUACAGCGUUAAGUCAGACAUCUGGAGUCUAGGAAUCACAAUGAUUGAGCUGGCCAUUCUGAAGUUCCCCUAUGACUCGUGGGGUACACCCUUCCAGCAGCUGAAGCAGGUAGUGGAUGAGCCCUCUCCACAGCUGCCCUCGGACCGCUUCUCCCCUGAGUUUGUGGACUUCAGCUCCCAGUGCUUAAGAAAGAAACCCAACGAGAGACCCGCCUACACAGAACUAAUGCAACACCCCUUUUUCACCCUGCAUGACUCCAAAGAGACGGACGUAGCCAGCUUUGUCAAGAUCAUCCUGGCAGACUGACAGGCCCCUCCACCCACCAGGGUAGGAGGUAGGCGGGACUUCUCCACCCACCCUCCAAUCCAAGGCCUUUCAGAAAGCUGACUGGAAUUGAUCUGCCACACAACUCCAACUUUCUUUCCCCAAAGACUGACGACAGCUCACAGAGGCCACGUGGGAAAGCGCUUGUAAUAUGAACUCAAGAUGUUGAUGGUGUCCACCCAAACUGGAGAUGGUCAACUCGCCCACGGGUCCAACAAACCUUUUCCCUCCCUCUACUCCUACAAACUGAACUGAUUCAAACUCCUCACUGUACCAGUUUUCUGAUUGGACAGUGUCUGUCAGCAGGAAGAAAAUCUCUCUUUACACAUACUGUAUGUCCAUCACUCUGAAUUACACAGAAAGCCAAAAAGAAUUGGGUGAAAUGUGUACGUCUCUGUAUAAUGAAUUGAAAAGAUAUAUAUUUUUCAUUUAUGCAUUUUUAUUUUUCCUGAUACAGUUUGUAAUACUGUAUAUUUUCAUCAAAUAUGAAUUUAAGGGUGUGUCUUUACUCUUUCUGAAUGGUAUCAUGAGGGGAAGAGGUGACCUACAUUUCUCGUCUCGCCUUCUGGUGAUUGGUCAGUAAUGGGACGGCAGCUGCUGUCGUCGGGCAGGGUUUUGGGAGGCUCUGGAGGGGUCAGACUCACUAAUUUUCUUUGUAGAGGGAAGUUCAAAGGUGAAAGCGUGACUGGGGGGCCCUGUACAAAAGGAAUUGCAAGUCCUACCUAGGUCUCUUUGGUGGCAUGGGAAUGCAAUGCUGACCCUAUUAUACAACCCCCUCACCCAUCUGUAUACGCCCCUCUGCCCCGCCCCUUCCUAACCAUCUGUAUACGCCCCUCUGCCCCGCCCCUUCCUAACCAUCUGUAUAUGCCCCUCUGCCCCGCCCCUUCCUAACCAUCUGUAUACGCCCCUCUGCCCCGCCCCUUUCCUAACCAUCGGCUCUGUCACCAAGAGUGCUGUAAAGAGUAUGUAAACAGUGUAUUCUCAUAUAGUACAUGGACUUGUAAUUUGGGGAAUGAUAAUGUAACUCCAGACUGCUGUAUUUAUCUUCCAGUCCCUCCGAGCCGUUUUAAAAGCUGUCUUUUCAUUAUUAAUUGUGACUAUUAUCACUUGGUUUCCUAGAUGUGGUUGGGGGCUGCUGUUUGACCCAUUUUAACUUUUUAAAUUUAAAUUUUUUCUCAAUUUCCUUUUCCCGAGUGGCGGACAGGAGCAUGUCAGUAUGGUGUUUCGUCCCUGAAGCACAGAGAGGUCUACGGAGCCUCAUGCCUUACACGGACAGUAUGUCAGGGAACAUCAUUUAUGUGUGUUGAAGAUGUAAAUACUAUUUUGGACAACUUUUUUUCUCUUUUUAAAUGUAACGUUGGCAACGUGGCGGCAGAGAGGACGUGUAGUCGUGUGCUACGCGGCUGAUUUGAUGUGUUCUCGUUGGUUUUAACGCAGUCGGUGUGUGAGAGAGGCAAACGCAGCCUGCUGACUCCUCCUGUAAUCAUCUGUUUAAUCGAUCUGCUGCAGCCACCUCUCAGGUUUCAAUGCCCUGCUUUAAGUCAGCGGAGGCGGCCAUGUUUAUUUCCCCACCAUGUUGUACCUCUCUCCAGCGCUGGGUUGUGUUCAUUAGGCACCAAACGGAAGAAAACAAACCGUGAGGAACUACCUGGACUUGGUCCGAAUAAGAAACGCUAAUGUUCGGUUCCACGUUGCAAAAUGUUAAAAGCUUCCCGUUGCAUGCCCCAAUGAACGCAACCCAUUAUGGUGGAAGACUACUUGUGUGAGAUCAUGCUGGGCUGUGAAUGGGUACCUGCCAUCUAGGCUUGAAUCCCAAAUCGACCCCAUCCAAUCCCUAGACAAUCAUCUAGGUCUGAGACCGAUUUGGAGGUAUGAGCACUAUAACAAGGUGAAGUAAUCACCAUAUUGGUUACAGUUACCACUCCAUACUUUCUAGAAGUGCCCUGGGGAGUAGGGAGGCUCUGGGUUGAUCUGGAACUCAACCCUCUGGACUCAGCUAUGCAGUGGCCCUCAGGUCUUCCAUCAGGACUAUGAGAAUCCUGCCAUGUGACCGCCAGUGGUGGUGGUGGCACUUGCCCUUAGUGUUUUUAGGGUGCGCCCAAAAGGAUGCCCUAUUUCCUGUCUCUUCUUUCUAGGGAACCGGGUGCCAUUUCAGACGCAGCCCUGGUCUGUAACUGGUAAGCCUACCCGGUCUUCUCUCAGCCUCUCUGACGUACAUUGUAGUGGGCUUCUUAUCAAAGUUGGUGGAUGAGGAGUAUUUAUAAUAUGUGAGUAAAGAAGGGAAAGCAAAUAAAGAGCUGCUGUGAUUUGACCUUUUUUUCUCUUCUUGUCGGCCAUCUUAGAAGUGGACCACUGUCGUCCUCGGAAUAGUUCCGUUCCACUUUUUAGUUCCGUAAAGCAGACUAGAGCAGUGAACAACACAUUAGAACCUAGCUUGAUGGGCCUUUUGAUGGGCCCAUUCACAAUGUGUUCAUGGCUAUCUGACUGACUGGGUUAGUUCUUUAUGGGUCACUUUGUAGUUUGUGAAGCUUAAGGAUCUAGAAGUGGAGUGGGACUAUUCCACAUAGUACAGAGGCUCCUCACAACACACUGAUAGAGUAAUACAGUGUGGAUGGAACUGUACUGGGUGGAUGGAUCUGUACAGGCUGACUGGGUGGAUGGAACUGUACAGGCUGACUGGGUGGAUGGAUCUGUACAGGCUGACUGGGUGGAUGGAACUGUACAGGCUGACUGGGUGGAUGGAACUGUACAGGCUGAUGACUGGGUGGAUGGAACUGUACAGGCUGAUGACUGGGUGGAUGGAUCUGUACAGGGUGAUGACUGGGUGGAUGGAUCUGUACAGGCUGACUGGGUGGAUGGAACUGUACAGGCUGAUGACUGGGUGGAUGGAACUGUACAGGCUGACUGGGUGGAUGGAACUGUACAGGCUGACUGGGUGGAUGGAACUGUACAGGGUGAUGACAGUGGAUGGAACUGUACAGGCUGAUGACUGGGUGGAUGGAACUGUACAGGCUGAUGACUGGGUGGAUGGAACUGUACAGGCUGAUGACUGGGUGGAUGGAACUGUACAGGGUGAUGACUGGGUGGAUGGAACUGUACAGGGUGAUGACUGGGUGGAUGGAACUGAUGGUCUACCUCUUUCAUUCACUCUACAUGCCACCAAGUCAUUGGGUGGUUCUGACAAACUUGAACUGUGGAAAGACAAAAUAAAGGCUUUAUUCUUAAAUAAAA